CACCGGAAGCGGCGGGCGAGUGGAGUGUCCUUGCGCGCGGAGCCGAGCGACCAUGGUGGCCCGAAUGUGGUCGCUGAUGAGGUUCCUCAUCAAAGGCAGUGUGGCUGGGGGUGCCAUCUACCUAGUCUACGACCAUGAACUUCUGGGACCCAGUGACAAAAGCGAGGCCGCACUGAGGAGGGCUGAGGAGGUGGUGCCUCCCGCCAUGUACCAGUUCAGCCAGUAUGUGUGCCAGCAGACCGGCCUGCAGUUACCGCAGCUCCCAGACCCUCCAAAGAUUAACUUUCCCAUCCGAGAGUCCUGGAAUUCAGGCAUUGUCAAGGUGAUGUCUGCCCUGUCGGUGGCCCCCACCAAGGCUGUCAACUACUCCAAAGAGGGCUGGGAGUAUGUGAAGGAGCACACCAAGUAGCCCGAUCAGCAGAUACCGCCCACCUCGGCUGAACAAGGACACAAACACCUCAGGCUCAAGACCCCACAAUCGGGACCUCACUCAGAGCAGCUUCCAGCUUCGCUGGCCCAAUAAAGGACUUUGGAAGUGUU